AUGACAAGCGCAAAGAGUGAGAGUGUGACAAUGGCAGAAAAUCAAAUUCUCCGAUGUGGAUGGUUAACUAAAGACCCGAUAUACAUAAAAUAUCACGACGAAGAGUGGGGCAAACCGCAAUAUAAUAACGAAGCUUUAUUUGAAAUGUUGUGUUUAGAAGGCCAACAAGCAGGGCUGUCAUGGUUAACGAUACUAAAGAAGAGGGAAAACUAUCGAAAGAUAUUUUUUAACUUUGAUCCUCACAAAAUAUCAAAGUUAACAGAAAAGAAUGUAAAAUUAAUUUUAAAUGAAUCCGGAAUUGUAAGGCAUAAAGGAAAAAUUGAUUCAAUAAUAAACAAUGCUAAAUGUUACUUACAAAUGGAAAACGAAGGUGAAGAUUUUUCCACUUUUAUUUGGAGUUUUGUCAAUAAAAAACCAAUUAUCAACUCUUGGAAAAAAUACACAGAUAUUCCUCCCGAAACACCAGAAUCUGCAGCCUUAUCGAAAGCUUUGAAAAAAAGAGGUUUUAAGUUUGUGGGCUCCAAAAUUUGUUACGCUUUCAUGCAAGCAUGUGGUCUUGUCAAUGAUCAUGUUGUUAACUGUGUGUGUUCUAAUACUUACAAAUAA